AAUUUUGCCGUGAAUUGUGUUAAAUUAAAGCGCCUGAAACAUGAAAUUCCCCUGGUCUCACACGACGAUCGUGGAUAUGAUACAAAAUGACCACAAAGUGGAAGAAAAAUGUAACGAAGUUACAAGCGAUAUUAUUGCUGGCAAGCUAAACAUUGCCGAGUUUGUUGAAGAGCUAGGCCCAGCACUGACCCAUACCGACGUGUCGAUACGUGCCAAAGGAACAACGCUCCUGUCCAAUGUGCUGAUGGAUCUUCCCAUCGACUGUCUAAACGCGAGUCAGGUGGAGCUGUUGUGUACGUUUUACAUCGAUCGAUCGCUAGAUCACAACACUGUAACACCGAUGGUACUGUCUGGCAUUGAUGCACUGACACGCAUGGCGCACUUCCCCGACGGUGCUGCCGUACGGUUGUUGCGAGCGCUUUUCGAACGAGUCCCGUGUCAGAGUCAGAAAAAGCCCCAACGCACACUGUACUUCCAGAUGAUCAUCCGGCUGGCGGACCGGAAAACGUCCGAACUGAAGGAGUGGGGCGUAGACUUUGUGUACGGCGUAAUCGGCGCGAUGGAAGGCGAGCGUGAUCCGCGCAACUUGUUGUAUUUGUUUGAACAUAUGCCACCCCUUCUGCAGACCUUCCCAUUGUUUCAUCUAGCGGAAGAGAUGUUUGAAACGUUUGCCUGCUACUUCCCGAUCGAAUUCCAUCCCAAUCCAAACGAUCCGGUAAUGAUAACGCGCGAAACACUGGCAGCACUUUUGGCAAAUUGUCUGUGCGCCACGGCUGAAUUGGCACAAUUUGCGGUACCACUGUUGUUGGAGAAGCUCGAGAGCAGACUGAUUGUAGCGAAGCUGGAUUCGCUUGCACUACUAAGCCGGUGUUUGGAGCUGCUGGAUGUGGCAAAAAUGGAGGAACAUCAUGACGCGCUAUGGAUUGCGUUGCGGCAGGAAUUGCAGACGGUUGGGACGAAAUCCGCCUCGGAGAGAGAGCUACUAGAGGCGGUGUACACCGCGAUACAGUCAAUGGUUAAGAAUGCUGCCGCCAGUGAGCAAUCGGCUAAGGCGUUGCUCGAUAAGAUACUGCUCAGCGUAAUGGGUGGCCUGAUGGAUGCCAGCUCCAAACAGUUCGAGACGAACCUGCGCGUUGAACUGAGCUGUGCACAGGCGGGUGAGUACUGUGCGGUGUAUGUAAUAGAAAAAUUAAGCCCCAUACUGCUCGGUCAGCUGCACGCCGAUGGACCGAUUGAACCGCGUAUAGCGAACGUGCUGGUUGACGCGAUACAGCGCCUGUGUGCCGUUUGUGCCCACUGGUAUUGUAUAGACAAGCUCGACACGGCCAUUGUGGCGCAGGUGCAUAAAAAGUUAAUCGAAAUACUGCUCCAGGAGGCGGACACUAGCGAACAGAAACGGUCGGCCCUGAUGGCCCUCGCGGCCCUACCGGAAAUGGUGACAAGCGAAAACCGUUACGUGGUGUAUAGUACGAUUGUAAGGAUUCUGCUUGCGGCUGGUGAUAAGUCACCACAAAUGAUUGCUGCGGUUCAGGAGUGCUUAUUCUCGUUUGCCAUCCGCUACCAGCAGGAAGUGAAAACGAUCGUGCUUGAGAAGUUGAUUACGUACGAAUAUGCCACAGCUGAUCCACCGCUAGUUCAGCUUGUGUUCACAACGCUAGGAAAGUUCAUUCUUUACCAUGGUUACGUGGAUAAAAUGAUUAAAUUUUUCCUUGCAAAAAUAUUCGAUUCUGCUAACGAGCACCUGUCCAUCGUUGCUAUGAAAACGCUGACGGAUGUGGUAGAGAGCGGUAAUUGGAGUCAGCUAGCAAAAGGAGAACUGUACGAACAGUAUAAACUAAUCGAUCGAUUCUUCGCGUAUACCGCAACGAACGACCAGCUAAGCUCCGAGUAUCUGCACACGAUGGCACAUCUGAUCGGUGCCGUGGUGAAGCAAUUGUCUGUGGAAGAGCAGAAAGAUUUAAUACUGUCACGAUUGCCGACGCUACAGCUUCAACUGCGUGCCAAUCUGUACCUAGCAUCCGGAUUGCUCGGUUACCUCGAUCAAAGUGUGCCGUUGGUCGAUCACUUUGAAAAUCUCGUCACCGACCUGAGCAAGCUGGCACUCGAAUCGGACGAUGAAAAGGUGCGUGCAGUUUGCAACCGAUUGCUUUGCAGCUUGUUUAACCGAAUGCCGGACGACGAGCAUCAUCGCGGUGUCUUGAAACGGUUACUGAAAACUAUCCGCGAGCAGCUGAAGAAACACAACCAUCAGGCGGUAAUGGUAUUGGGCUGGGUUGGCAAAGGGUUGAUUGCACGCGGGCAUGCAGAGGCCGGCGAAAUCGUGGACGAUCUAGCAGAUCUGCUCGAUCAUCCAACCCUCGGACAUAUUGCGGCCCUAGCGUUUGAGAUACUGUCGAUCGAAUACCCUCAACUACAUCUGCCCCUGUUGCGCAAUCUGUUCAAGCAAAAGCUCUUCGUAUGGGUUAUGAAAAAGCUCGAACAAAAGCUGGAACAUUACGUUGAAACGCAUCUAAAAGCGUUGGCGUUUGUGCUUGCGGCCACACCGCACACCGUACUGAAAAUGAAUCUGUCCAAGGUUGGUCCGGUGCUAUUGAGGUGUCUCGCACAAGAUGACGACAAAACGGUACUGGAAGCGUUAACGAUUAUGGUGCGCUUUACACGCGAACAGGAUCAGUUCGUGCAGGAUCAUCUCCAAACGUUGAUACCGUUGCUGCUUAAUCUGACCGCACGCCAGUCAGCGAUGAAAAUACGUAUCUCUGCCCUCGAGUGUCUGCUGUACGUGUGCAAGUAUCCAACGUUUAUGCUACUUCCGUUCAAGCAAAGUGUACUGCUGAGGCUACAGAAACCGCUGGACGAUCGGAAACGCUUGGUGAGGAAUGCGGCCGUAACCACACGGCUGCAGUGGUUUGUUGUAGGCACCACCGAGGAAGCGAAGAGCGACAAGUGA